AUGGAGAAUCAGAAUACAAAGGAUAAAGCGUUGAAGUUUACAUGGAAUCUUACAAACGUUAGCCUGAAGAUACGCUCGAAAAGGAUUACUGUCGAUGGCCAUACAUGGACGAUUGAUAUCAUUCCAAUUACAAUAGAGAAUUUGUUUAUGACAAUUGUUCUGGGACCUGUUCGUGAUCCGCCUAGUGGAUGUGAAAAAUUUGCAAAUUUAAAAUUCAUUCUGAUUAAUCAGCACAACCACAGAGACAAUAUAAUAAAAGAAAUUAGACGGAACUUCAACUCAAGGAAUGAACAUUGGUCUAACAUUUACGCCUCUGGUGAUGGGUUCAUCGUGGAUGGUUGUUGUAUAUUUGAAAUUCAUAUAUCGAUUCAUGAGACAGAGCAUAAGAAACAAGUUGAUGAAUCAGUUAGGAACAUUCAUAAUAAGCUUGUCCAAAGUACUGUGAAUCUUUCAACGAAGAAAAUGAUCUCAAAUUCACCUGCUGAAACCGUGGAUUUUAGGGGCUUAGGAAAAGUUGAUAAAGAUUUUAUUCCUCUACUNGAAGAAGUUUGUUCACAAUAUCCCUCACUUAUUGAUAGUAAGAAGAGGAAAAGUCAAACAUUUANUGAAUGGGCUUUUACAGCUUUGGGCAGGGUUCUUCAUUUUCUCAACACUAAAAAGGUUAGAGACAUGAAAGAUGAUGGUUGCAAUCAUCUUCAAAUUUUAUGGGAAGAACUUUUGACUUGUGAAUUUGAUUUGUCAUGGCUGAAACCUCGUGUGGAAUUUGCCUUGGGAAUGAAAACUUGUGUUGAGAAAGUUCUUGCUGUGAAAAGGUUGGAGGAGAACGUAAUUACUUUGGAGGAGAAUGUAACAACUUUAGAGAAAAAUGUCUCUAAUUUAGAGACAAAAGCAAAUACUUUGAGGACAACGAUGUUUGAAGCAAAAGUAAAUCUAGAAAUAACAAGAAGAGAGUUGGUGAAAGCAAAAGAAGGCUUUGAAGAAUGUGAUUUGGAUGCUGAACUUGGAUUUUGCAAAGCAUAA